AAAUAGAGCGGCCGCUGCGGCGACUCUCGGCGUGCGUUUGUAGCCAAGCCAUGGGAGACAAGAAGAGCCCCACCAGGCCGAAGCGGCAGCCGAAGCCGUCCUCGGAUGAGGGUUACUGGGACUGUAGCGUCUGCACCUUCCGGAACAGCGCCGAGGCCUUCAAGUGCAUGAUGUGCGAUGUGCGGAAGGGCACCUCCACCCGAUCCACAUUCUUUGAAGUUAUUGUGAAUGCCUCGAGGACCAAGGGACCGUUGAAAUUUCCAAUUUCAGGAAGGAAACCUCGGCCUGUCUCCCAGUUGGUUGCACAGCAGGUUACUCAGCAGUUUGUGCCCCCUACACAGUCAAAGAAAGAGAAAAAAGAUAAAGUAGAAAAAGAAAAAAGUGAAAAGGAAACAACUAGCAAAAAGAACAGUCAUAAGAAAACCAGGCCAAGAUUGAAAAAUGUGGAUCGGAGUAGUGCUCAACAUUUGGAAGUUACCGUUGGAGAUCUGACAGUCAUUAUUACAGACUUUAAGGAGAAAACGAAGUCACCGCCCGCAUCUAGUGCUGCUUCUGCAGAUCAACACAGUCAGAGUGGCUCUAGCUCUGAUAACACAGAGAGGGGAAUGUCCAGGUCAUCUUCACCCAGAGGAGAAGCCUCAUCAUUGAACGGAGAAUCUCAUUAAAGUUUAUUUUCUCCAAUUUCCUAGUCACUUCUGUCAUACCAUGCAAAUACACAGAUUAUGCCAAGAAGUACCACAUUUUCAUGACAAACAUAUUCAUGCACAAUCCAUAAUUUGCAUUUUACAUAAAAUAGAAAUUUGUUAGAUUUUAUUGCAAUCUAUGCCUAGUAAACAUUUCCAGACUUAACAUUUUGGUCUCCACAGUUAAAGGUGCCAUGAAAAUGUGGUUGAAUUACUCAUUAUGCAGUGUUAUUGGUAAGUCUAUUUUCACUUUUAGUUUAGUGAAUUCUAACACAUAAUUCUUGAAUUCUCUACUAUUGGCAUGUAACGAAUUUAAAUUUUUAUAACAUAGUGCAAGCUGCCUAAAUAUGUAUUAUUUGAGAAUUGUGAAACAAAUAGUUACAUGUAUACAAGUCAAAAAUCAACUUAAUCAACUGUUGCUACAACAGAAUUUUCUUAAUGGUUAUCCUCUUAAAUACACCUGCUGGUACUUGGUGUGGUUAAAUAGGAAGAUUGUUAUUAAAUAAAGAAUUUGUAUGAACCAUUGCCAAUGUUUUUGACAUUUUACUAAAUUAUUGUUCCUGAAUUAUGUUUUAGGUUUUAUCUGUUUUGGGGGGGGGGGUUUGCUUAUCUUUCAAAACAUUCAUUUAUUGUAAUGUUUACUAGCAGACUAGUAAACAAUAAAACAUUGAUUACUUGGCUUUAUAAUUCAGAUUUAGUGCUAUUGUCAUUGAACACUGGUAUUUUCUGUAUUAUAUAGAACAUUAGAAUUCAAGUAAUUAUAAGCAUUUGGCAAAAACAGAAGAGAAGAAACCUGUCAUAUUUUAAAAGCUGCAGUUUUGGAAAAGCUUUAACUUAAUAGUUUUAUCACUGUUUCCUUGCCCCAAACUUAUCCAGGGUCAUAGAAGUGUGAAUCUAAUUAAUACAGAAAUGGGAACUGUUGCACAGAACUGAGAAAUAACUAAUCUUUAAUCAGUUUAAUUGGCCUCUUAUUAAAUAUAACAACUCUUAUAAAAAUUAUAGUACCCUAUUUUCAGAAACAAUUGCCAGUUUAUGCAUUUAUCAAUAUCCUAAAAUUUAAAAAAUAUUUACAGCCCCACUUACUAUUAUGUAAAUUUACCAAUAAAAUAUUUUUAUGACUACAGAUUUUGCAUUUUUGUUUACAACUAAUAAAAGUGUUUUUUGUUGUUUCUAAAAAUCCAACUUAGAAACCACACAGUACUUAAAUUCUAGGGUCUCCUGCUUUCUCUUAGCCAUUUGUUUAAUAUGUAUUUGCCUAUAGGAGACUUUUGAACUAUAAAUGAACUUUAAAUCAUAACUUGGAUACAGAAUAUCACAUAAAAACAUCAUGAUAGCAUUUGAAGAAAGAAAUAAAACUGUAGACCCUGACAGUUGUGAUAUUUGGUGGUUUCGUGUGGUAAUGUAAUUUUCUGUUUAAUUGCAGUACUUUUUACAGGCACAAUGGUACUGUCUUUUUUGUAAGAUGCAAGUUGUGAAGUACAGUUAAUUGCAUACAGUAAAAGUCUGUGAUUAAAACAUUUAUAUACCUCA